AUGGAAGGGAGCUAUAGCAAGGUUUGGAAUGCAAGAGAGGAGGCACCGACCGAAGAGUACAAAUUGUUUGUUGACAGUCUAAUGGGUACUAUUAGAAAUGAAAUAGCCAGUUGCGAAGAAGCAGCGUAUGAGACACUCCCCUUGAAAGAUGCCGCGACUUUACUGUUCUUUACCAAUCAAUCAGAGUUCCUGUCGUUUGCGAAACAGCGGGGAUGGCAGGUGGAUCUAGGCGCAUCAACGAUAACAUUUACUCGUAUGGGCGAGGAACAAACAGAGAUACCGAAAGAGAAGCUCAUUGCCGCUUCCCUUGCAUAUGCUCGCGAGCUAGAACAGAUUGUUUAG